AUGGCUUCUGCACUUCCCGUGACACCUAGCCUUGAUGAGUACGAAGAUGACGAAGCAGGGCAGAAGGAACGAAAGAAGGAGGAUGCUAUUACCCAACAGAAUACGAUACAAAAUGAGAGUUCCAUUGGAGAUACCUCUAGCUCAUACUUACUCCAGGACUCCUCCAGGAUGGUUUCAAGCAGGUAUAAAAGCACAGCUAAUGCACCAGAAGAUGACGCUCCAAAUAGAUAUUCCCGAACAGAGAGGACAAGUUACAGCAGAUACAGCAGGGAUGCAAAUUCUUCUGGCAGUUCUCUACCGAGUAACACUUUGGAAAAGAGGAUUGAGGAACUUGAAAGGGAACUUGCAAAGGAAAGACAGGAAAAUGCAAGAUUAAUGAAGAUGACGCAGGACAAAGAGGAACUAAUUGGAAAGCUGAAGGAAGAAAUUGAUUUAUUAAACAGAGACCUAGAUGAUAUAGAAGAUGAAAAUGAACAGUUGAAACAAGAAAAUAAAACCCUCUUAAAAGUUGUUGGACAGCUGACAAGGUAGAAGAUUCAGACCUCAAUGAGGAAAGAUUUAAAAACUACUGAGUGAACAUUAAGGUCAAUGUAGUAAUACUUCCUGUGUGUUGCAGUAUGUUAUAACUGUUUGUAUAUUUAUUGUUAGGAAACCAGAUGAAUGUUUAUUUUCAUAGU